AAACAAAAAAAAAAAAUCCCCAAAGCGCAUAAACCCCGCAGCCCGACGCGAUUCUGGCGGCCGGCGCACGUCUUCGAGAGGGACUCCUCGAGCGAGUUCGAAACUUCGAGUCCCCUCCUCCCAUCAGGGCAAGCGAUGGUGGUGAUCGAGCCGGAGCCGGAGCAGGAGUUGGAGGAGGCGGCACGCCCCUCGUCUCCGGUGCCCGAGGAGCAGGUGGCGGCCGCGGCCGGCGGGGAGGCGCCGAGGGCGGAGGAAGAGGAUGAUGCCUUCGAGGACGCGCUCACCGACGAGCAGCUGCGAGAGAAAGCUAGAAGCCAAGCAAAUGAUGCAAAAACAGAAGGAAACAAACUUUUUGGUGCUGGACAGUAUGAGGAAGCAUUAUCGCAAUAUGAAAUAGCAUUGCAAAUUGCUGCUGAGCUGGAAUCUGCUGAAGAUAUAUGCUCUGCAUGCCAUUCAAAUCGUGCUGUAUGCUUUUUGAAAUUGGGGAAAUACGACGAAACAAUUAAAGAAUGCACAAAAGCACUUGAGCUGAAUCCAUCGUACUUGAAAGCCUUGCUCCGGAGGGCCGAAGCACAUGAAAAGCUCGAACACUAUGAUGAAGCUAUUUCUGAUAUGAAAAAGGUUAUUGAGUUUGAUCCUUCAAAUCAAGAAGCCAGGAGAUCACUGUUCCGACUUGAGCCCCUAGCAGCUGAGAAAAGGGAAAAGAUGAAGGAAGAAAUGAUUGGAAAGAUGAAAGAUUUGGGGAACUCUCUGCUGGGCCACUUCGGAAUGAGUGUUGACAAUUUUAAAGCUGUUAAAGAUCCAAACACAGGCUCAUACUCCAUUUCUUUCCAGAAGUAACACAAGGUGAAGAAAUACAUGGAUGAAUAUGGCUGGGAGGCAUAUUUCAGUUAAUGGAUUCACUGGGUUCUCAUGGUAAUUGUUCAAGGAGCUUCUAUACCACAUACUUGGUCCACAUUCAAAUAGAAUCCUGCAAAUUGAUUUGAAGACAGAGCAUCAAUAUGAGCAGUUCUGGAUUAUUUUGUUUGCACUUGGUGCAUGUCAGAGAUGAUUACUCGAGUGUGAGCUUGUACGAUACACCCUUUCUACUCAGGCAUUUUCCUGAAUAUAACGUUUUCUUGUCAUGAAACUGUUUCUUGUGUCUGUUGUGACAGUGCCUUCACUGUUAGAGAAUUGCACUUGCAGACUCUUUAAAUUU